GAUUAUGUGAGGUAUAUAUGUUGUGAAACAUAUUUAAAGUAACUUGCCGCCAAUGUCGUACUACGACAGUGAAACGUGCGAGCUAAGUGCUACGGCGACCGAUACAAUAUAUCUCUCCCUCUCUUUUCCUCUUUCACGUUACUGAAUUAACAAGUCAAUGCAUUAUUUAAAAAACAGAGGAAUACGUUAACGCUACCUGAAAUCGAGAAGCAACGUCUUAUCAGCAGCAUUUCAUCUCUCUCUUUCCUACUCGGUGAUCUAUCGCGCGCGUUUCCCAUUGAAUUUGACUCUUUCUCUCUCUUUCUUCACUCCCUCCUCCUGUUGCUUCAGUUCAGAGCAAAGUCUCGAUCGUCAAGAUCAACACAAUUCUUGCAGCUCGUUCUCCACGACACACGUUACGAUAAUACACACGGAUUAAUCCAGUGCAACGAAACAAUACCGAGGAAGUUAAUAGCGAUAUAAAAAAAAUGGCAUUUCGAGAAUUAGUGGAAGGGGACUGUGGAGGACCCAGUUCAUUGAUACGUCUCACGUCACACUAUGUGCAAGACCAUGGCUUCAAAGAGGAAGGAAUUCAUCGACCGUUUGACCCACCAGAGACUUUUCAAACGCCAAAUGCAGAUCAGUUAGUUCAAGAAUUCUUAGAUGAACCUGCUUGUCCACAGACAUUUCGAAUGGACAAUUUGUUGCAAGAAAUGAGAGAGAUUGAUCAAAAUAUCCAUCCUCCGAUAGCAGCACCUGGAAUUGUUAAAGAAUUGAGUCACUUAGACACAGCUUGGGAAAGUCUGUGCCUUAAUGAUCCUAAACAGUUUGAGGGACUUCAUGCAGAGAAUACAUGGAAUACACCAAUAGUAAGAUCUGCUCAAGAAGAAAACAAACAUUUUCCUGAUACUCAUGAACUUGGUCUAGAUCCGAAAUGGGCGGAGGAGUAUUUAGAACAUAGCAUAGUUGCCAUACAAAACGAUGAUAAAGGUGAUACUCAAACUACGAAAGAUGAUGAAGAUCCAAACUUUGCUUAUUCAAAGUUUAUGAAGUUUAUGAAACAAGAAGGUGACAUUCCAUUAGAAAGUAAUCAACUAGCUAAUCUAGAUGGUGGAAUUGAAGAAUGGAUAGAACAGUAUACAGAUCACCAGAAAACAAAUGCAGCUGAUAACAGUAAAGAUGAUAAUACAAUUUUGAACAAAGUAGAAGAGGAAUUAGAAGUUGCAGGUUCAUGGAUAGACGAAUUUGUAAAGGAAAAUCCUUCUGCAGAAGGUAAUUUAGACUCGUUAUGGAAGCGAUUCCAAGAUGAAUGGGACAAAGUAUCUGCAGAUGGACUCUCUUCGGCACACCCAUGGAUAUCAGAGUUUGACACAUAUUAUGAUCCAUUUAAUAAGGAAUAUGAAUUUUCUGAGACAAAUCCUAUGAAGGAUUUGCCAAAUGCACUAGAAGAAGGCAAGAGACGAUUGAAUGCAGGAGAUUUACCAAGUGCUGUGCUCUGUUUUGAAGCAGCAGCUCAACAGGAUGAAAAUAAUGCCGAAGCUUGGCUACUUCUUGGCAAAACACAGGCUGAGAAUGAGCAAGAUCCUUUAGCAAUUUCUGCUUUAAAUCGUUGUUUGUGCUUGGAUCCGUCCAACGGUAUUGCUCUCAUGGCGUUAGCAGCUUCUUACGCGAAUGAAUCUUACCAGAAACAAGCCUGCUUAACAUUAAAGGAAUGGUUACUAAAGAAUGAAAAAUAUAAACACUUAUUAGCUCCAGAAUCUAAUCGUACAAAAGAUGUACACUCAAAUUUCAGUGUCUCCACUUUAUUAUAUGACAAAGUAUAUGAUGAAGUCAAAGAUCUAUAUAUUCAAGCUGCGAGAUUGAAUCCUCGGGAAGAAAUUGAUGCAGACGUACAGUGUGGACUAGGUAUAUUGUUUAAUUUGUCAAGCGAGUACGAUAAAGCUGUAGAUUGUUUCCAAGCAGCAUUACAAGUGCGGCCUGAUGAUUCCAGAUUAUGGAACAGAUUAGGCGCUACUCUAGCUAAUGGUCAACGAUCGGCGGAAGCUGUAAACGCAUACCAUCGUGCCUUAGAAUUAUCGCCUGGAUUUAUUAGAGCACGUUACAAUCUCGGCAUAUCUUGCGUUAAUCUUGGGGCGUAUAAAGAAGCAGGUGAGCAUCUUUUGACAGCUUUGAAUCAGCAAGCGGCAGGAAAAGGCCUACAGUCCACAAAUGUAUCUCCUAAAGCAAUGUCAAACACAAUAUGGUCUACAUUGAGAUUAGUUAUAUCGUUAAUGCAUAAAUAUGAAUUGAUGGAAGCUAUAGAAAACAGAGAUUUACCAAGGUUAAACAAAGAAUUUGAAAUUAUGUAAUUGGACGCAAAUAUAUCUCAAGAAUCGUACAAUGA